UGAACCAUUCCUGUGGAAGACCUGCCAUUCCAGUUUUCUUGAUGUUCCCGUUUUAUACGCAAGUACGCAACCCACAGGAAACUUCCCGAAUUCAAAGAGAUCCCACCUCAAAUAAAUAAAUUAUUAUCUCCCCAUUAAUAGCACAUUUUUUUCUUUUUCAAUCCUGUUAAUACAUUCUAAUUUCUACAGAACAACAUAUUGUUGGCAUUUGAUCGAAUCCCAACUGUUUGGUUUAUAUUUGGUCGGGAUUUCUUCAGUUUAAUUUCAUAUUUCUUUAGAGGAAAAAUGGAGGGUGGUGCAGCUGCUGUUUCUACAGAGAAGGCAUCAGAAUCAGCUGCGUCAGCCUCAUACACAUAUUGGGUCAGGGAAUUGACCCAUGAUGCAGCUCCACGACCCGUCCCCAAGAAGCUCAAUGUGGAGGAUUUGUCCAAUCAUUCUAACCCGACCCACCUCGGCUCCGUAUGGAAUCGGGCUGGAACAUGGGAAGAGAAGAGUUUGAAUAAGUGGGCAAGCGAUAGAAUUAAGGAAUUGCUUGUGUCUGUUGGGACUCUAGAGUUCUCUGGAGGCAAAGCAGAAAUAGAAGAAGUAACAAGAUGCUCUGGGGAUGCAUUCAUAGUGACAGUACGAAACAAAAAACGUGUUGGUUACAAUUAUGAAUUGACAUUGAGAGUAAAGGGAGAAUGGACUGUUGGAUCAGAGAAGAGGAAAGUCAAAGGCCAUAUAGAUAUUCCCGAGUUCUCACUUGGUGAACUGGAUGACUUGCAGAUUCACACAAAACUCAGUGAAGAAAAGGAUCUUUCACAACAAGAUAAGCAAAGGAUCAUCAAGGAUUUGAAAUUAUUUUUGAAGCCUCUGCAGGAGAAAUUGCAUCAUUUUGAGCAGGAACUGAAAGACCUAUAGUAGUAAACACCUGUGGUUGUCGAUUGAGGUUUUGGAUUCCAUAAGAAAUAAUUUGGAUUUAUAUCUUCGCAUUUGGACUAAUGAUUUUAAUUAGAGUAUAUGUGGUUGAACACAAAACUGAUAUCAAGGUUGUUCAAGUGUUUGUAAUGGAAAAUGGAGCUUGAUUAUUUGCAAUCUACAAACUCAGGUGAACUGUUGUGUUUCUUGGUUAA